CGAGUAAGUAUGGCGGCUUCCACAGGCAAUGUGGAUGUGAUAACAGGACUGCUAGAGGACUAUUUAUCAAAAUUUGGAUUUGAGUGCUACCCUUUAAAGGUUGGUUGGUAUAACUCUGUGCUGCCUCCCACCCUGCGCCUGGCUUACCCUGAUGACAGCCUGGCCGUGGUGGUGCUCAGCACUCCUGACAUGUUUGAACUAGCCUUCCUGCCCUUCAUGGAGGAGAGGGGCUGCCAGGGGCUGUCUGACCCCAUAGACCAGUGUGUCAAACACUGCGUCUCCUCUGCUGUCUCCCAGUGUUUCCCCAGACAGACAGUAGAUGUGAGGUAUGACUACGAGUUGCUGCCCAGCAGGAAGCCCAAGUUCUUGGCACAGACUGCGGCUCACGUGUCUGGAGCAGCUUUCUACUACCAACAGUCUGAUGUCAGAGACCAACCCUGGGCUGAAAAGAAGAUGUUCGGAGUGUGUGUGCAUCCUAGGUUUGGGGGCUGGUUUGCCAUUCGAGCCCUGUUGGUGUUUGACGGUGUGACGGUGGGCCCUGAGAUGUCACAGCCUGUUCCUCCUGACUGUGUGCCUUCCAGAGAAGGCAGGGUACAGCUGCUGGAGGCUUUCAACUUCAACUGGCAGGACUGGAGCUACAGAGACAUCGUCCAUCCAGUCCAGACCUACUCUCAGAAACAGAGGGACUACUUUUCCACUCGUCCUGCUCAGCGGAUUGCUCUGCUUAAGACGUGGGGCUUUCUGCCGAUGGAUAAUGACCAUCCUGAUCCGAACUCAGACGCACAGAGCCAGGUGAACGGACACGGCUGAAAGAGAAGAGAAGCUGCAGUGUAAAAGAUUUGCCCAUCCUCUCUGAGCACCAACCUGCACACUGCUGGACAGACUUUUUAAGACAAUUUUGUUUCAGUCUUGAUCGGCCGGCUGCGUUUGGGAUGAUGAAGUGAGCUUGUAAGGUUUUUGGUGAAAGCUAUUUAAAGGUACACAAAUACUUUUCAAGGACUUGCAUAUAAAUAUUUACUGCUUUACAGCUGCUAAAUGAUGCGUUUAAUCACACUACAUAUGUUCACACUACAAGCAGCACAAGCGGCUCCUCUCAAUUUGUCACCAUUACCGUGAAAACCUGAACAUACUCAAAUGUACGUAUGCUAUAAACAUUAGUGCUGCUGUGUCAAACCUUGUCCAAAUGUGUUUAAACCAAAUUAUUUUGGUGAAUGCACUUUAUAUCCUUGCUGCCUGUAACACAAACUGUAGCAGCAAGUUUUGUAGCAGUUUUGACUUUUGACUUCACACAUUGUAUCACUUGAUUCACUCAAUAUCAACAUAAGGGGCUUCAACAAGCCCUGUAACACCAGCCUGCCUUCAAUUUGCCGUCUGUAUCUUUACCCGCCAGUUCUUGAUCGCAAGGAGAACAAACUUCACUUUUUUUCUAUUUGUUGUAAUAGUGAAGCCAUAAAAAAAACCCAAUACAAAUCAUAAAGAAUUGUACGACUCCAUGGAUCUGAUUUGAACAAAUGUGCUGAGUAAUAGUCCCCUGCUAGAUACGAAAAUUGAGGAUAUAAACAAAAGGAGGAAAUCGAUGACCACCACACUAAAAAAGAAACCUUUAAAGGAUGAAUGAUUAUCCUCCUAAUUGUUACUAUUCAGUUACCUUUAAUGGUAUGUAGCUAUGCAAAUACCUUUGGUCCAACUUUUGAGUUUCUGCCUUCAACCCAACACAGUGGAUCCAUCAAACAACUUUCAAAUGUUUCUCCUGAAGAAAUAGUCUCAAUGAAAGCUGCACAGAGUACGUCCUGUGGACUAUCCAGAGCAAUACUGCUGCAUUUCAAUGCUGUGUGCUCUAAAAACAACAUGCUGUUUACUUUCACUGUAAAACAAAUGAGUGUUUUUUUUGUUUUUUAACAUACUUACUUUAAUAAUGUAACAUUUGAACAAUGUUGGUCAUAGCUUCAAUGAUGCAUUAGCUGUCUGUGUGUAGUAGCUCCAAAAUGAUAACUGCAUGUUUUGUUUGGGAUUGUAUGAAUCAGUCCAUCUCAUCUCUCUUCAGCAGUUAUUGGUUCCAUUGUUUUGUCCUUGUCUCCAGCUUACCUGACACUGAGCUUGAUGCAUUAUAGAUGUGAGCUGCCUCUGCGCACCCCCCUGCAUGGUGACAGACUGACUACUUUCAACUGUGACUAACCCUUCCGUUAGUGAUUCAGUGCCCCACACGACACUGACCCUGGACGCACUCCGUUUGUCAGGUGUAUUUCUAUCUUUUUAACAAAGUCGUAUCCAUCUGCACUUCUGCAGUAGAAAUUCAGCGCCGGUCAAAUCUAUUGUUACACCACUAGAUGUCAUUGUUCUCCUCUUGUUAACGCAGAGUGAGGAUUUGCACUGCUGUCUCUGAAGCAUCUGCAAAUGUUCAGCGCUCAAUAAAGUCAACCAGUGAUCAC